CCCUCAUAACCCACUCCCCCCACCUGUCAACGUCCCAAUAUCAGCUGUCUGUUCCGACAAGCGAUUAUUAUGCGAAACGAAGACUUGUCUCGAUAAUGUCCAUUGUUUGCGAAGAAGUGUUCGACGAAGCCAGUCACCCUUCGGCUGACGAAAUCCGCGACUAUGCGGCCAAAAUCGGCAUCGAUCCCGACGCGGAGCCCCAGUUGCUGCCCCUAGCUGCGGAGGGCCUGAUGAAGGCUCUCCCCCCGGGCUGGAAACCUUGCUACGACGACAAAUCCAAAUCCUACUACUACUACAACAACCUCACCGGCAAAACCCAAUGGGAGCACCCCCUCGACGACGUCUACCGCGGCCUAGUCAAGAAAGUCCGCGCCGAGAGCCAAUCCCUCAGCCUCGGCGAGCCCACCGAGGACGCCACCUACGCCCGCGACGAGAUCCCCAGCUUCGAGGAGCCCCCCAAAGUCGACCCUCUACACAAACGCGACCUCAAACUCUCCCCCCUCAAGACCAGCCCCAAGCACGAGCCCAAACUCCUCAAGCAGCGCUCCGACGACCAGAUCCUCUCCAACCGGAAAAUCACCCUCAACAUCUUCAGCAGCUUCGACGAGAAAAGCGCCUUCGACAAGCACCCGCGCGCUUUAGAUAAACCCGAGCUGAAGAUAAGCGGCGGCGGCGCCAUGUUCCUCAAGUCCAACACCAAGAAGAUGGUGGACUCGACACCAAGCCCGGCGAAGAGUGAAACGUUGGAUGUCAACCAACCCAGAAGUAUUCUGCGGGAGCGCAACUCCCUGGAGGUGUCCAGGAGCAUGGACUUCGACAAGAUCUCGCUAGACAAGUCGGAGAAGGACGACGACGACAAGAAGAGUGUGCGGUUUAAUCUUGACACGAACACGGAUGUGGCAUUCACGUUUUCGGAUAAGUCGAGCUCGAGCGACGACGAAGAAAUCGAAGAGAAUAUUAUCAAUGUGAAGAUGACUCCGACGAAGAAGUCGAGGUUUACGGUGUCGCCAGUGAAGGAGUUUCAACCGGAAACGGAGAAGAAAUUGAUUAAGCCGAACCCGACGGACUUUAUUAAGCCGAAACUCACGAUUAGUAAAGGCUCGGACUCCGAAGACGACUCUGUUAUUAAAAGCAUCGAACGAAGAGAUAGUGAGGGGUCGGAAGAUAGCCCUCUGCACACCAAGAUGUUGAUGAAAACGAAGAAACUGGAAGAAAAAGCGGAGAAGAAGAUGGCACAACUCAAACAAAAUAUCUGGGAGGAGAAAAACGACGAACUCGUCAAGUUUAAAGACGACUUGCAAGAGUCACAAAAGGGGGAGUUGGAGAGGAUUUUAAUCAACGCGAAAACUGAUCACGAAGAGAAAAUUAAAGCAGAAUUGGAGAAUAUUAGGAUCGAGAUGGAGAACAGAAACACCGGGACGUUGAAGGAAGAAAAAUUAAAGUACGACGAGAUGUUGGAGGGGCUUAAAAGCAAACUCCAGGAGGAGUUUGAGGUGGGGGAGCGCGAACUGAAGGAGAAGUUUGAAACGAAGAAGGAAGAAAUCGAGAAGUACUACGAGGAGAAGUUAGCCGAAAUCGAGAAAGAGCUCGCCGAACGAAUGGAGAAGAAUCGAGACGAGAUGAUCACCACCCAUAAUUCCAACGUGGAACAGCUGAAGCAAAACCACUCCAUCAUCAUCGAAGAACUCAAAAAAGAGUUCAAGGUCGAAGAAGACGCCCUUCGAAAAGAACACAAAUCCGUGAUUGCCGAACUCAAGACCAAGAUUGAAGCAGAAGCGGAGAAGAAAGACGACAAGUACGAGAAAAUCCGCUGCGAGAAACGUCUACUAGAAGACAAAUAUCGUUGUUUGAAGGACAAGUAUUUGAGAUUGAAGACGGAGGUGAAGAUGUCUAUUGAGAAGCGAAACAAACGUAGGGAGCAAGGGGGCGCCACUACCACCACGGGUUCGGAAACCGAACGCAGCCACUCUAAUAACAAAGACAGGACGCCUCUGAACUCGCCGUUGCGUAAACCCCCUCGUUCCGACCCUCCGAAACUCAAGCCCGAGCAUCGAACCACCCGCCAGCUCAUAAUCCAGGACCUGGACACUUCGAUUAGCGAUCGCAGCGAAAAUAAGUGCAACAAAGAGUACGAUUCGUCCGAUAACAGCACGAAUCCGGGUCGCAGCCGGAAAAAAAUCUUCUCGCGUUUAAAAAGUUCGUCGACUUCUAGGAUCAAUAACAACGCGAAGUCGCGCCGGAAUCAGAGGUCUUGUUCGCCCGUGGAGAAUUUGCGGCGGCAGCUGCAGAAGCUCGAGGAUUUGGAAGACCAGUUCCCGCAGAACCCGCAAGCUGACACGUAUCACCUAAGGUAUCCGUUUUCGGACGGGCAAAAGUUCGAAGGGAGUUCAGAGUUAGAAUUUUUCCGACAUAGGAUUCACCUGGAGCGGGACUCGAUCAAACGGGCGAAAGAAAGCUUGAGGAAUCAGAAGUCGUUGUUCCAGCAGAGACAAAAGGAGUUGAAGUUGAAGCACGGCUCGAUGGCUAGACACACGUUGCAGCAGUUGUGUCAGGAGGAGAAGGAGCUGACGGACAUGGAGGUGUCGCUGCACCGAACUCGCAGCCUCCUCGGAGAAAAGGUAAUCCGGCUGCGUCACCUGGAGCAGUCGCUCCAGAGGGCUACGGUAACGGCUGAAAACCGCCACGACGACGCCACGUUGAGUGAUUUGUCCUCUCAUAGUGCGAGCUCGGGGAUAAGCUCGACGGAAUUCGCCACCGCCGACGCCACCGUCGGAAAAGGGUUGAUUCACGGGGAGCACCUGCAGGAGUCUUCCGAAAUUAUCCAGAGUCUGGAAAACUUGAAUUCCGAAAUUCGGGAAAUCUGGGACGUUCUGCGCAAGCAGCAGCAAUCUGGGGGAGUGCCUACAGUCAUACCACCCUUUGUCUACCCUGACUUAGGCUGGCCGCUGUUGGCAGGGGCUGCUCCCGUUCCAGCACCACCGUCCAUCCCCACUUUGGCGGACAGAUUGCAUAAUUACCGACAACACGUGGCGCUAGCCAAUGCUCAAAGUACCGUAGUGACGCACGCUAAUCAAGGAGCCACCACGACUCUAGUCGAACGAACCAGGAAUCUACGACAUUGGUUGCGACAAGCCGGGAUCGACAACACCGUCGAGGGAAGCACCCCGCAAGCGACCCUAUAAUCUUUAACAGUACAAAUUUUAUCAACGUUGGCAUUUUUAGAUUUUAUCCGAGUUAGACUCUUUGAACAGUCAGGCCAAAAAUUCGGCCAAACGUAGCUCCAAUGUUAGGGAUAGCAGCAUGAUCAUCAAACGUUUCUUUCAUAGACGCUUCAAUUGUGAUUAUUCAAUCUCAAAUUUACGCCUUGAUUACGGACUGAGGAAAUCGUGAUGUGAUAGCGUUUCAUUUCAAAUCAACUAACAGGACCUACAAAAACAAAUCUUGCCUUAUUCGUUUAAACAAGUCCACUUAUUUGUACCUAAGAACGUUCAUAGUGCCAAGCGAUUUACGACUGUUAGGAAAGGUUCUAAGCAAAUUUUAUCGAAACAAAAAAAAAUCAAAUCUAGUCAUUGUAUCAUUCCCGCACAAACAUGUAAAUAAGGAGUUGAUGUUUAAGGUAUAAAAAACCAAUAAACCUCUUAAAAAAC